GUGCUGCACCUGCACCUGGCGCAUUGUACGAUCGGCGCCACGGGCUCCAAGGCCCUGGCGGAGUCGCUGGCCUCCCUGCUUGGCCUGCGGCUCUUGAGUCUAUCAGACAGCGGCGUGGGCGGCGCGGGCGCCGAGGCCCUGGCGGGAGCGCUGCCCUCCAUGCCUGCCCAGCGGAAGCUGUGGCUUGACGAGAGCAGCAUGGGCGACGCAGGCGCCGCCAUGCCCGGCUUGCGCGAUGUGCGCCUGGAGAGCAGCCGCAUCGACGGCGGUGCAGAGGCGGCGUUGCGGGCCAGCUGGGAGAGUG